CUUGCUGGGAGUUUCCGAUCGUCUCGGUGGGAGAAUCAUGAAGUCGCACUGUGUCGCCGUGCUGAUGCUGGCCGGGCUGAUGUUCUUCUUGUGGCUUCCCGGGUCUCUGAGCUGCAACAAAGCACUGUGCGCUAGCGACGUGAGCAAGUGCCUCAUCCAGGAGCUGUGCCAGUGCCGGCCCGGCGAGGGGAACUGCUCGUGCUGCAAGGAGUGCAUGCUGUGCCUGGGCGCCCUCUGGGACGAGUGCUGCGACUGUGUUGGGAUGUGCAACCCUCGGAACUACAGCGACACCCCGCCCACCUCCAAGAGCACCGUGGAGGAGCUGCACGAGCCCAUCCCCUCCCUCUUCCGGGCGCUCACCGAGGGAGACACCCAGCUCAACUGGAACAUCGUGUCCUUCCCCGUCGCGGAGGAGCUUUCGCACCAUGAGAAUCUGGUUUCUUUCCUGGAAACUGUGAACCAGCCCCACCACCAGAACGUGUCUGUCCCCAGCAACAACGUUCACGCGCCUUACUCCAGCGACAAAGAGCACAUGUGCACGGUGGUCUACUUCGAUGACUGCAUGUCCAUCCACCAGUGUAAGAUCUCCUGCGAGUCCAUGGGCGCCUCCAAGUACCGCUGGUUCCACAACGCGUGCUGUGAGUGCGUCGGGCCCGAGUGCAUCGACUAUGGCAGCAAGACCGUCAAGUGCAUGAACUGCAUGUUCUAGAAGAGGGAACGAGAUUCAGCCCCAGCGGUGUAGCACAGAGAGGGGUAAAGUUACUCAGUCCACGGGUGGCGUUAGGGUGCCAGAGAGCUUGACAGGUAGAGGACUUGGAAUGAGUGCCUUCUAAAGUACGACGUGCCACGAAUGUGCUAAGUUCCGUGAUUAUACCCGGACUUCCGGGCUUUCCUGCCCACUAGCAAUGCACCACCUCCCUGGAGUGCGAGCACAGUUUGGCCAGGCAGGAAGCGGAUGUGCAGAGAAUCCCCGGAAAUGCCCGAGGCUUCGGUGGAAAGCCUGAUGCCAUUUUCCUCUCGCGUCCAAACGCUUUUUGCUGUCAGAGUGUUAGCGGGCGCCCGGGACGGGAGUCACGGCCUGUGCCUGCGCAUCUCUGAGCGCAGUCUCCCGGCUGGGCCAGGGGCCGCGCUGCUUUGUAAACGUGGACUCAGACUCUCGCUGACCCCCGUGGAAACUCCACUCUCAAGCCCUCUCAGUCGGUUUUAGAAAGCAGGUGCUCGCUGUGUUUUGCAGUUGCGGACUCUCACAUGGCAGAAUCCCUCCUGUAGCAUGCUGGCUGUCACCGCUGUAGGGAACGUGUCCCCUCCUCUCCCGCCCACCCAAAGUGCCUGUGGCGCCUGAAGAGUCACCGCUGCCAGGGCCUUCAGGUGCGCCGCAGGGGACUCACUGGCGGCUGCAGAGCCCUGGGCUGGGGAUCCCUGCCGCAUGCUAUGCCCAAACACCACGCGGGCGGCAGAGUGAGCGGCUGGCCAGCCAGGCAGCCCAGGUCUCAGCAGAGGCUUGACAGGGCCAAGGGAGGAGACGCGUGGAGAGGGACAGGGCCGGGCACAGUGCCGGGAGCCAAAACGGAAAACAAAUUGUGCUGGCUGUUGUUAUUUCAUUUGUUGAGUUUAUAUCUGGAUCUGAUGUUCUGGUUAGACAAGUGUCAUUGCACUGUGGGAAGUUCAGAUUCUGAAAUUGGAAGAAAAUCUGUUCAGGAUGAUGUCCACUCAGAAUAUACCACAGAGCCACCUCGUCCACCCCGCCGGCCAUGUCCGGCAGCCUCCCGAGCUCUGUGUCCCACUCGUCUCGCUCCAGUUGAAAUCAUAUUUAUAUGACAGUAGAGUUAGUUUCACAAAAUUGCUGGGUUUUCUAGUGCUUUUUGAGUGACAAAUAACUUUUUAGGAACACUCCUUUGUAUGUCUACAUAUUUUAGUCUAUGAAAUAGAUAAUGCUCUGGGAUAUGUUUUGUACUAUUAUUUGAGCACUAGUUAGAUCAUUUGAGAUAGUAGGAUUAUUAUAAAAUAUAAAGCCUGAUAACCCUUCUUCUCUUUCAGAUAACUCUAAUGAGUAUUCAAGGUACAUUAGCCUUUUAGGAAGCUGUGAUUUAGCUCAUGGAAGUUAUUUUAGUAGGAAAAUGUUGGGUGUCCUUUCUCAUUUACCUAGAGUGCCUCUCAUGAAAGCGCCUUCAAACUCUAGCUCUUCCCCAUCAGCACCUAGAGAGCUCAGGGGUUUCUUGAACUCAAGGAGAGGAAAUAUUAAAGGAAUCUGCAUCAUUUCAACCUGCUAGUUUACGGCUAAUUUGACACCUAUGAAUGGAGGAAUAAUUUGUUUGUGUUUGUGUAUUGGCAACAUUGGUAGUGUUUUCUUCAUGCUGGUAGCAAACAUUGUAACUGCAUUUAUGGUUUUUAAGAUCUUCAUUAUUAAAGAUUCAGUAUUUCUUUUCCACUCCUCAAAUUGCACAGUGGGCAAUUUCUUAAACCACAUUACUUCACCUGCUUUUCCCUUACCCUCUUUCUCCCAUUAGAAAUUAUCCCCAGCGGGAUGAGCUUUCAUAUUUAAAUUUAUUUCCCCUAGUAUACUAAUAGGUUGAGAAAAAGACAGAGUUCACCUAAAAGCUUCCAUUUCCAGUUCUGAAAUGCAUUCAAGGUCCUGAAUGACAGUCUUUUUCCACACUGAGAAUAACACAUUGAGAAGCUAGUUGCCUCACCGGAAUGUGGACCCCUCAUCAUUCCAACAUAUUCAUUCCUAUAUUGAAGCUUUGUUUAAAAUUCCUUUUUCUUUUAAUAAAAAAUUAGAUUGUUACCUGUAUUGUGAUCAGACCCCAACACACUAGAUUUUAUGUCAGUGGGCGCUGUAGAAGCGAUGCAUAAAAAACCUUUCCUGUUAUUUGCUUGCCAGAGGGGUGCUCCAGUGUUUUUCCUCAGAACGCUAUCACUGCAGCUGUGUUCAUAAUUGUCACCAAGUCAAAUGAUCAUUCAAAUAAAAUCUAAUGUCUAUUUCCAUGAGAGAGGUCUUUAUGCAGAAAUACAGUUCUAAAGUUUCAGAAAGCAAAAUUGUUAGACUAUUAGAACAAAUAUUUGUAAAUCAGAAUGGCAUCAAAAUAGAGAAAAGAAACAAAACCUUCUGGAAAAUUAGAUGAUCAGCACAAGCCAUAUUUUAAAGUUUCCCUUUAUGAAAGUGUCGUUGAAGGCUGUUAAAAUCUAUUCCGCACCCCAGAGUCUGUGUUCGCUGUAUUUUUCAUGACUUACCAUGUAGAAAAGUGUGUAUGUGUUCUUUGUUGGCUUUAGAAACAAAAACAUAUUUUAAUAAAAAAAUGAAAUGUGA